AUGCUUCUCCGCCUUCGUCACGAAACAAAUGGCACUCUUGCGCUCUUGCGUGGGUUCCCUCAUGGCAACUAUCCUCGGUCUCUGAUUUCUUUUUCGCUACGUCUUUUAAAGGGCUGCCUGAAGCCUGCGCCGAGGCGGCAGUCCCGUCUUGUGCUUAUAUCAUUGCCCUGGCGUGAGCCCGGUCGCUCACGAUUUCCGACCUCCACACAACUCCUUGGUCUUGAAGCACCUAUUUUAUUCUCUCCUAAAUAUCUCUCAGUUCACAAUUCUAAACACUAA